AUGGCACACACUCACGUCCCAGAUCAGUUUACAUGCAGAGCUAUUUCAACAGGCCCGGGACAACUCCUGAUCAAGCUCAACGUAACCGGUCUCUGCUACAGCGACAUUCACUACAUGCUCGAAGACCUCCCUCUACCACGAAUGAACGAUUAUGGCGUCCGCUCUCCAGGCCACGAAGGGGCGGGUGUCGUCAGAAUCGGCAGUGGUGUCACAGACUGGAAGAUUGGGGAUCGUGCUAGGAUUGUGCCUACGUGGGAUACAUGUAUGAGUUGCAAAUUGUGCUCAAGUGAUAUGGAAUGCCACUGUGCACAAGCAAUACCGACUGGGCUUAUGCCCCCAGGAACCUAUCAGCAGUAUAUUGUUAGUCCGGCACGGUAUACGUCUCGAAUUCUAGAUGGAGUUGAUGACUUCGCUGCUGGGCCGAUUAUGCGUUGUGGUUCAAUCAUGUUUCGUGCCCUGGCGUCAUCAAUGGGGCUACGAGUUAUCGGAAUCGAUGCAGAGAAAGAACAAGAAGCCCUCUGCCUCCAACUCGGCUGCGAAGCCUUCAUUGACAUAACCCAAUCCAAAGACUUAGCAGCAGACGCACGCCAGAUCACCGACGGAAAAGGCGCACACGGAGUCUUCGUGACUGCAUCGUCACCGGCUGCAUACGUAUCAACAAAUGCUAUUUCUUCCUCUCUGAUUCUCUUCUUGUCAGCCCCUUGAGCUUGUUUCAUCACUCAUGUCUAACUAUAGGUACUGGGACAACAAUUAACUGUUCUGUAAUCAUAUUGCCUUGUUCUCUAGUUCCUAUCUUCGGUAUUUCUAUCUAAUGCUCUAGCCAUGCCACCCGCUCACCGGUGGUGUACUUCUCAUCAGCGGCAGGGAAGGGGGCAUCAACAUUAGGGGCACCAGUCACAUAGCAGUGGGUAGCAGGAUACAGUGUCAGUAGCAUCAUUAAGUGGGCAGGAGGCGGGUCUGGAAACUGUGCACCGUGGACUGCAGCAAGAGGUCUGUGGCGACAGCGGGGACGGCACCCCGCAUAGGGAUGAAUGAUGAUGCACAAUUUAGUGCAUUAGGCAUCGCUCUAUAUUCAAUAUAACCCAUCACUACUAUUGACUUGGGACGCAUUCCAGCCAACAAAUGAUAAUAAUCUUCGCCACUCUGUCG